AUGACUGCUCAUUAUCAUGAUACACUUACCAGUCUAUGUCUACAUACAGAGGAUAAUGAUACAGCUAAUGACACCUCCACAGUUGCUGCUGCCACUUGUGCCUUGAAUGCUGUUAUCACAGUUGUUACUUGGAGCAUGGUUCGUGAGGCCACUGCAUCAGACCCUACAUUUGUAAAUCUCAUCAGGCAGAUGGAAGCAGGGUUCCCAGAAGACUACAAGGAGCUACCAACAGACUUGCGUCCUUACCACCGCUUUGCAUCCAGUUUAUGCACCGUUGAUGGUGUAGUUCUUAUGGGCCAACGAAUUGUUAUACCUCCAGCUCUUCGCAAACCAGUACUCGAUGCUUUACACGCAGCCCACCAAGGAGUCAGCGCUAUGCGUGCAAGGGCUAUGGACUCUGUAUAUUGGCCUGAGAUCACAGUAGAUAUUGCCAGGGUGAGAGACCAGUGUGUUCACUGCCAUCAGAUGGCCAAGUCAAACCCUAUGCAGCCACCAUCUGACAUAACACCUCCAGAUUAUCCAUUCCAGAUGAUUUGCAGUGACUACUUCACAUAUAACAGUAAUGACUAUGUAGUUAUUGUUGACAGGUAUUCAAACUGGCCAAUGGUAUACAAGUCUGAAUCAGGUGCAGAAGGACUUGUCAAGAGACUUCGUGAGACUUUCGUGACAUUUGGCAUCCCAGAGGAGUUGACGUCUGAUGGAGGUCCACAGUUCACAGCAGGGAAGACUCAAGAGUUUUUAAAAGCCUGGGGAGUUCGUCAUAGACUUUCAUCAGUUGCAAACCCACACGCUAACUGCAGGGCUGAGAUUGCGGUAAAGACAGUAAAACGCAUGCUGGUGGACAACAUUUCUGCUGUUGGAUCUCUGGAUGUUGACAAAUUCCAGAGAGCUUUACUGAUGUACAGAAAUUCGAUUGACCCAGAGACAAAAGCAUCACCAGCAUUGAUUCUGUUUGGACGACCCAUUCGUGAUGCCAUUCCCAUACUGAUGGGUAGAUAUUCUCCACAUGAAACAUGGACUGAGUUAAUGUCUCAUCGAGAGAUGGCUCUUGCCAAACGUCAUUCAAGGGAACAUGAACGGUGGAAUGAACACACUCAUCACCUGCCAACACUACAGGUUGGAGAUCAUGUAUACAUUCAAAACUUGGUAGGCAACCAUCCCAGGAGAUGGGAACGUACAGGAACAGUUGUUGAAGUACGCCAAUACCACCAGUAUGUUAUACGUGUAGAUGGCACAGGCCGAGUAACUAUCCGCAACCGCCAACACUUACGAAAGUUCACUCCUUUUCAAACCAACCAAACACAAGGUACUUUGAUGGCACCAACUGCAGUUCAACAUCAAGAAGUGAUCUUGAGCUCUCCAACUACAUCCAAGACGACACAGCCACAAGUGCCCAAGAUUCCAGUGUCUUUAUCACCAACAAGAAUCUUAAGUCAACCAGCUGCAUUGAAUGAGACACCUAUUAUAGUCCCCACUCAAAAACAGGCGACUCAGACUCAGACAAUUCAACAGCCUACACAAAUAGAUUUGGACCAGUCAUUCCACAACACCCCUGAACCAGAUGUACCUUCUAAGUCUAGGAUACCACGUGCUCUAUCCCGUCUUCAGCCACACAAUAAAGCUGGAGAAAAGGAACUAUUGACACCACGAAGACCGCCCCGCCGCAACACAACAGAACAUAACAUUGAUGAAUCAGGAACUGAUUAA